UGCAGCGCAAGGAAGAAAAAAUGCUUGCCCACCGUCGCAGGGAAGCCCUGCGUCUUGUGUACGACCAAGCGAUUGAUUUGCGAUAUCGAUCCAAGUUUUCCGGCAACCGUGCAACAGAACGGCUCCGGUCCCUUUGAGUCAGCCCACUCGAGCGACAUGUCCUCGGUCUUUCAAAACCCUGAGACUGUCACUUCCCUACUCGAAAAUGAAGCUCUGACCACAGAGCUUGUCAACAUCUAUUUUGACGUCAUACACGAGAAACAGCCUUUUUUAUUCCAUCGACCAUCAUUCAUGACAAGCUUGCAAGCCGGUACAAUACCUAGAUAUGUCGUAUCAGCCAUGGCGUCUCUGGCUGCGCGUUUCUCCAUCAAUCCACAGUUGGCGGGAUUCCCGAGAAAUGACAGAGGCCGGCCGUUCCUAGAUACAGCAUUGAAGGGUUUCUACAGCAGGACUGACCUGGUCUGCACAUCUGCAUUACAAGGUGCAUGUCUUCUGGCCAUUUUCACAGUGUAUUGGGUGGCAUGGACAAAUGAUCUGUGGUAUUCUUGUGAAUGUCAAUUUCCGCGAGGCUUGUUCCCUCCGGCACAAUAUCCCAAACCACUGGACGAUCUGGCCACUAUCCGCCUUGCAGACCAUGGUGCUCAAAGCACCACACGUGAGACAAGCUUGCGGGCAUUGAUGAUCUCACUCCUCGGAAUAUACCCUAUGGUACGCAACCUGAACUAUAGACAUGAUCAAAUUAGGGUUCAAGAGGUCGACUUCCGGAGCCUGCAGUCCCAGAUGGACGAGUUGUUCCGGUGUCUGCCGCACUCCUUACAGAAUGAUCUCGAAAACCCUGCGAUAUUCAAAGACGUGGAUCGCGCUAAUGAGAUGGAGAUCGUACAUCCAUUUUAUCAUGCGAUGAAUCAGAUGAUCUAUUUCCAAUUCUUAAGUGGGCGUCAGAAUGGUACGAAGGACUUCAAAGAUGAAGAAAUCACUGAUUACGUCGCUCGCUGCAGGCAACACGCUUCUGCAUUGACGGAAAUGAUGUUCAUCUGGUUCAAGAGAACUCCUUCGGAUAUGACGUUUUUCUGCGCGCCCUGUAUCGGCCAAAUGCUUGCGGUCGCCACAGCUGUCCACCUGCACACCUUGGUGUUUGACGCCGAUGAGAUGUCGAUCCUGGCCGCAAAGCAAUAUCUGGAGCAGAAUUAUAUGAUGAUGAUGCGACUUGCCGAGUAUUGGCCAACUCUGAACAAGACUGUGGCACGUAUGCAGGCUAUACACGAAGCAUGCAGGGUGAACGACUCACCUUUGACAUUCGAUAUCACUUCCUGGAUGGCUGAUUUUCUGCACAAGUGCAAUUGA